CUUGCGUUAACUGGACAACAUACAGAGCACAGAUCGAGGGAUUUCAUUUAAAGCCAAACCUUUAAAUGACACGUUAAAAUGAGAUAAAAUGCAUUACGGCCAUAAAUAAGACUUAUACACAAAGAGACAGAAAAGAAAGAGCAACAGCGACAGCAUCGCAGACAGAGGCUGGAGCCUGUGUAUUAUAGACACCUUGUCUAUCUGCCCAUCUGUGGUUCUGUGGAGAAGCCCUGACCUCUUUCCUUCAGGGUAUACAGUCUACAACCAACCUUCGGCACAUCCUCUGUCACGUGAUCUAAGUGGACAGAUGAUAGUGCCACCUCCUAAAACUGUUACCACAAAGACAGCGAAGAGGAAGUAGACUGGUGCCAAACCGUGCCUCAUAAGUCUCUGAGGCUGGGUAUUGAGAGGUCAGCUGUUUGAGAUAUGCCCUCACCCCCCAAUGAUGGAGACGAUCAAGGAACGUCCCCCAUGAACAUGCAACCAACACUGUCCAAUCAGAAUGGAGUAAAAAGGAAGGUCCACACGAAGAAGAAGAAGAAGGGUUUCAUCACAGCCAACGUUGCUGGAACAAAAUAUGAGAUUGUUCGUAUUGUCAUUGAGGAGAUGAUCUUUCAUAAAGCCAGAGAUGAUGAUGAGACAGCCAAUCUCAUCUGGAACGACUCUUCUGUGCAACAUGAGAAAAUCGCUGAGCUGAGGAACUAUCAGAGGAUAAACCAUUUUCCAGGAAUGGGUGAGAUCUGUCGGAAAGACUGCUUGGCGAGGAACAUGUCCAAAAUGAUUAAAAGUCAGCCUCAGGAAUAUAGCUUCAUCCCCAAAACCUGGAUCUUCCCAGCCGAAUGCACGCAGUUCCAGAAUUAUGUUAAAGAGUUGAAACGAAAACGCAAGCAGAAAACGUUCAUCGUUAAGCCUGCCAAUGGAGCCAUGGGCCAUGGGAUAUCUCUGAUUCGCAAUUAUGAAAAGCUCCCGGUCCAGGAUCACUUCAUUGUGCAGGAAUACUUAGACAAGCCCUUCCUUAUGGAGGGCUACAAAUUUGACCUGAGAUUCUACAUUCUUGUUACUUCCUGUGAUCCACUACGUGUCUUCCUCUACAACGACGGCCUGGUGCGAAUGGGUACAGAGAAAUACCACACGCCAAACGAGUCCAACUUGAACCAGCUCUACAUGCACUUGACCAACUACUCCGUAAACAAACACAACGAGAACUUUGAGCGAGAUGAAACUGCGGACAAAGGCAGCAAGCGCUCUAUUGGUUGGUUCACAGAGUUCCUUCGAACCAACGAUUACGAUGUGGCCAAAUUCUGGGGCGAUGUUUCAGAGCUGGUGGUGAAGACCCUGAUAGUGGCCGAACCUCAUGUGCUCCACGCCUACCGCAUGUGCCGCCCGGGCCAGCCACCAGGGAGCGCCAGCAUCUGCUUUGAAGUUCUGGGAUUUGACAUAAUCCUCGACCGCAAGCUCAAGCCCUGGCUGCUCGAGAUCAAUCGUGCCCCAAGUUUUGGGACAGAUCAAAAGAUUGAUUACGAUGUGAAGAAGGGGGUUUUGCUCGACACCCUGAAACUGCUAAACAUCAGAGCGAGUGAUAAACGGCGGAAUUUGGCCCAGCAGAAGGCAGAAGCUCAGCGACGGCUGUAUGGACAGGGAUCAAUGCGCAAAUUGACGGCCGGAUCAUCGGAAUGGGAGAGACAACGUCACCUACUGGAGCGCAGGAGAGAAGAGCUGAAAGAAAGGCUGGCCCAAGUCCGCAAGCAGGUCUCCAGGGACGAGCACGAAAAUCGGCACCUGGGGAACUACAGACGUAUUUACCCCCCAGAUGACAAGCUGCUCUUGGAGAAAUAUGAGAGUCUCCUUUCAGCUGCCUUUCAGACAUUCCUCGCUGGGCGAGCAGCUUCACUUCAAAAGGAAAUGAAUAAUCCACUGAAACGAAUGAAGGAGGAAGAUAUCCUAGACCUCCUGGAGCAGUGUGAACUGGAUGAUGAGAAACUGAUGGGAAAAACUUCAAAACAAAAAGGACCUAAGGUCCUGUCAUCCAUGCCUGAGAGCAGCCCAACGCCCAGAGGGCACAGGGAGCCUGAAGACUCUUCAGCCAGCUGCAGCGACAGCAGCUCUGCUUCUGACGCUGAUGGAGAAGAUGAGAGCAGCAGCAUCACACAAGAGAAAUUCAAUCGCCCAGAACGCUCCAGUCGUGUUCAUUGGAAACCUGCCCCUAAACCAAUGCGAGGUCCUUCCUCCUCGCCCAAUCUUUCUGGGCUCAUCCGACGCUCUAUGUCCUGUCCGCGCUCCAUAUCCUCUCUGACUGCGCAGUCACCUACCAAUGAGACCAGACGGCCAAAAACAGCCACUCACAUGGCUAAUGCAUCGACUGCGGCCACUCAAACAGCAGCCACCAUGACGCAGAUGACCCCGAUUCGAUCCCACACGGCAUGUCGCUCCCAUUCGCUCAGUCGCAACAGUUCUACAAACAGAGUCCCACACAGCAGCAGUCUAGGUGCCAUUCAUCCCAAUACGGGGGAGACCCCGCUGAGUAAAGAGCAGGAGGCCGAGCUGAUGCAGCAGACUCUGGCUGCACUCGGGGAGAUGAGGAUUCGUUACCCGGGGAAGAGCGAGGAGGAGGCCGAGGCUGUGUUGGAUGAGAUUCUGAACAACUGGAAAUACCAUAAACCAAAAGUGGCUUCUUACUGGCUGGUGAAGUUAGAUGCCACUAAACAAAGGAAGGUUUUGGAUAUUGUCCGUACCAACAUCCGCUCAGUGCUUCAGAGGAUUUGGAGUGAACCAGAUGUGGAGAGUCUACGUCUUUAUCGCCUUUUCAACCGUGUGUUUAACCGUCUGCUCUGGAGUCACGGUCAGGGGCUCUGGAACUGCCUUUCCAGCUCUGGCAGGUCAUCAUGGGAGAGUGUUUUCAGUAAGAGCAGUGAGGUGGUGACCGCGCAGGAGCUGAGGUGCUGCCAGCGUGUCGUACAGUUGUGUAGAGACUGUCUGCUUGUUGUCUACAAGUUUGUGGCUGACUCCCGUGGUUCUCUCAGUGGACUUAGCCCAGACUGGGAUGACACAAGGUAUCUGCUGCCAGUCACCUCCCAGUUCAUCAUCAAGUGGCCGUCAUCUAGCUUCGGCCGCUCGGCGUCCUCCACUCGCCCCCGCAGUGUCUUUACUGCACGGAUGGGUCACUUCUGAUGGCCACUGGACUAAGACACCUGCUGGGGGAAACCAUACCUAGACUUAAGAUAUCCGGAUCUAAGGGCAUAACGUCUGGGACCUCUGCAAACUCCAGCAGCAUAUUUAAGGGGAUCUGCCCACCUGAAUUGUUAAUGCAUCAGAUGCAUAUGAUCGAGCAGUCCCUGCCUCCUGUCCGCUGUAAAAUAUCAGCUACAUUGCUAUCUCCUUUAGAAUGCUUGUAAAGAUGAAGAACAUAAUGAAGUUAUUUUCAAGACUCUAUAAUUUAUUCAAUAGUUUCCAGUGAAUAUUUCAGUGUCAUGGAAGCAGUCAUGUUCAAUUUUAUUGUUUUGCUGUGAUCAUGGUGUUAUUUCUUUCAAACAGUUUUUCCUAUGACCUAAAUAAUUUUAUUGAUUAAUAUAUAACAUCUCAGACAGAAACAUUGUGUUGGCCCAGAUUCGGCCCACAUUUGGCCCACGUGAAAUCCAUGCGGCCAAAUAUGGGCUGGACCUGGGCCGACACUGGUUGCUGUCUGGGAUAAUGUAAUUUUUUUUAUAUUCACUUCAUAUUUUAACUAAUUUAGUCUAUUUUAAAUUCUUCUCAGAAUUAAAAUUUGAACAAUAUGGGGCUGUUCACACAGGAUCUCAAUGAGCUUUUAAGUUUUCAAGGUGCUUGAAAAAUUUUCAUGGUGAGAGGAAAAAAAAAAAGUGUAGCAACGGUCGAAGAUUUGAGUAUAACAUCAGGAAUUUGUAUUCCUUGUGAACGUUUCAUUCCAUUGAUCAAUGAGUUUGGUCUAUUCAUUAAAAUUAAUCUUAAAAAACAAAACAAAAUGAAGCAUAAUGUGUUGUUGCAUGCAGUCAGGAAGGACAACACAAAAAGUUGAGUUACAUGCAAUUGACAAGCUCACAUCCUAAGAUUUUUUAGUUAUGUGGUAUUCCAUAGAGAGAAAAACUAAAUGAUAAAUCUUUCAACUAGAAUGUGUCCUUUGUGAAUGCCCCUCUAAGAAUGAUUUAGAAAGGGAAAGAGUUAGUGCUUAAGAGCUUAGUAUUUGAAUUGGAGUCAGGGUUAGGGUUAGAGAUUAGGUCUAGGGUUAUAUGAGUAUUAUAGUGUUAGAAAUUAAAACUGCUUACUGUUUGGAAUAAAUGCUUUACGUUAUACUAGACUAUAAUUGCCUGUUCUGAACUAAAAUCUGAGAUCACCUAUCAACUUUUAAGGGAUGCAAGUCUCUUUUGCAUAACUUUUAUGAGCCAUAUUGUGUAGAAUGGAAAUAUGAACCUCAGCGUCUGAGCUGUCUGAUGUGCAGUGCUGAUGAAAGGGAUUUUUAAUAUUGCUGCUGGUAGAGUAUGUUGGGUAAAUUGUCAAUGAGUUAAAUGUGCUAAAACUUGGAUGGCUGCAUGUUGAAAAUACUUGAAUUAAUUUAUGUUAUUUAUUUUAUAAAAAUGUCUGUGUUUACAUCUAAUUUUACGUUUGUUUUAAACAUGCUUGCUCAUUUUAUUCAAGGCAUUACCAAUGUAUGCAGUGAAGUUAAUGAACGGAAUAACCUUUUAAAGUACUGUAAUAAGUGCUAAUUGCAGAGCUUUGCUUUGGAUCUAAUUAGAAUACAAAUUUUCAUGUAGUGUUUUAGUAAAAGUGACCUGGAUGUGCAAGCUCAAACCACGCUGUGCCAACACUACUCACAACCAGCAGUGUGUUAUUGAGGAGCUCUAUGUGACUUGAUAUCAUUCAUUGGAUUUUCUGUUUAAAUGGGAUGUGCUGUUUAAAAUCCUCAGCUGUUGGGUUUUCUUGUUUUGCUAAGUAAGAGAAACUGUAGUGACAGUGUUCUGACAGCCAGCUAUGUUACUCAACUUACUUAACCCAACAUUUAUUUAUCAAUCCAUUUCAGGUCAUUUUGCCCAAUGUACCAUCACGACACCAUGCCAAAUAUUAUUUUUGCCUGGAUUUUCAUUCAGGAGAAUGGUUUUUAACAGCAAUAAAAGGCUUAAAACAUCUAAA